AGUGUUUAAACAGAUUGCGCUGCAGUUGCUGAUCUUGACCUGGGUCUAAGAGCUGCUAUAAAUAAUAAGGUAAAAGUCUAAUAAUGAAUAUGGACACAAAAGUGUGACAGAUAAAAAAUGUCUGCCAUUUAUAUGUAAACAAACGUGCACAAAAUAAUAUAACAUGCAGCAAAGAGCAACUGAUGGUAAAACUAGCAAAAGCAAUUAACAAGAACAAUAAUAGUAGCCAUUCUAGGUACUACAGCAAGAACAUCUGCAAUCCUCCUCGUCCCACGAGCCUAUCAGACUUCGGAACUGGUUAAGUCCCGUCACAUCCCUGAAGUGCUGGGGUAACGAGUUUCAGAGCCUGGGGGCUGCGGAACGGAAAGACUUGAGACUUUAACUGGUUCUUCUUACACGUGGAGAUUCAGCUGUAUUAGUGAACCUAAAAGACGACCCCCAUGCCUCAUCAGAGAGAUCCCAGGACCUCCCUGCCCAUCAGCAAGUCAGAGGGACAGGCCAGGACAGAGGAAAUGGCAGCCAUGUCACUUCAUUCGACUGAACCAACAACGGACUAUGAUAGUGACAGUGGCGAUGAAAAACCAGACUCUAUUCAGAAAACACAGGACCCCAAAAUACAGUAACAUUGAUUUCCGUCGCGGAUCAAAGCAAGAAAAUGGCACCGGCCCCUUCUCAUGUCUCAAAACCAAACACUAUACACUCAAGCGUUCCCUUAGACGACAAAGGAUUUGUUAUCCCGCCCAAGCCGGAUGUACCCGCACCAUCUCCACCCGUUCAGGCACGGCACGAAUCACCGAACAAAUCAUCAUCUUCACCAUAGCAGAGCAACAGAAUGGCUGUAAAAUCGAAAUUAACACUCGACAAGUUUACAUCGAGCCCCCGCCAUUACCUCCCGCUCCUCUGCCGGACUUCAUGGGCAGUGUGCCGAACAUUAACAUUCCUGCGCCUUCUGCGAUUGUUUCAAACGGCGCACUCCCCCAACCCCCACCACCACCACCUGCGGCAUCAACAUCCGAAGAAAUCACAAAAACUAAAUCCAGCGCUAGUUUGGAUUACAUUUCAAAGUCUGUUCCUCACAACGCGAUCGCUGCUUCUGAAGCCAAAAGACAGGAACGACUCCAGAAUGGUGGUCCACAGAUUGAGGAAGUGAAAGCAAAGCCAGAAAUACCACAGAUGGAUCCAACGCAAGCUGCCAUCAUUGCUGCAUUAUGAAACCGCGACAACAACUGGAGAAACAGGAUGAGAACAUGGUGAUCGACUCUAUCGAAAGCAGGCUUCAGAAGACGAAGAAGCUGCAAGCCGCCAAGUUUCCCUUGCUGGUAACAAACCACUGAAAACCGAGGCUAAACCAAAUAAAGGGGGAAAACCCUGUGUAAUCCAGUGUAAAACCAUUCGCGCCAAAAACAAGUCCAGUACUGUUCGAGAUGGAAAAGGAGGAGUUUUCAUUAAAGUCGAACCAGUAAAUGAAAUUAAAACAGUCGACAACAAUCAACCAGGAUUGACGCAAAUUAAGCGAAGCUUUUCUUCGCCAUUAGCAAAGAACACGAAACCAGUAUUUGAAACAAAACAAACACAUUGAAUAAGCAAAGGAACACCUGUUGAAGGUUUUAAUGUUAAACAAUUAGAAAAAAUCCUCCACUUCCACUUCAGAAAGCAAUAAAUCUUCAGAACGAAUAACAACUGUCGUGGUAGAAGCAAAUAAUAAUACCAGUGACAACGGAAAGACUGAUUAUCUUGCAUUGGCAGAAAAGAAACGACUCGAGUGGCUCCACAAGAAACAAAAGUCAUCUGAAUCCCCCUCAGGUACACCUGAAAGGGACGGCGUGAAAUCAAAAACUGUUGACAUUAAUGGCAAGCCCACACAAUUGUCUAUUGGAGACGUGUAUAAAAAUGUGCCUUCCCGCCUCUGGGCUUUAGAGACGAUGCUAAAACACAUGCAAAUAUUGCGCAGUGCGAAAUUAUUCCCCCGCCAUAACAUUUUAGCAGUGACAGCGGAUCUGAGCCAAAAACACAGCAAAAUAGUCCGGCAUUUUCACGGAUACGGCGAGUUUAGUAUCAUCGUUGUCAACUUUUUCUUCAUUGUCAGGCAAAGGACGCAGCAAUGGUUACGAAUAACUUAUUGCUCCACCGGCAUUGGGAUUCGGGGAUGAUCCUUCUUCUUUUAUUCAACCACCUCCCGAAUUUGGGAAUGAUAACGUGAAGAAAAACAUUCAGUGAUAAAGCUUUGGAAAAGUGGUUUUGUAAUGAUGUUCUUGAUCGGCUGGACAGUUUAAAUAUGAGCCAAUACAAAGCGAGCUUUAAGAGGAAUUGUGUUGAUGACAAGAAAUUACUGGACUUAAGCAGAGACAAUAAUAUCGACCUGGGUGUUAAACAAGUUGCACACAGAAUGACUAUUGAACGAGCUUUUAAAAAAGCGGAAAUUAAACAAAAUACAUCACAUGAAGUGAUAACGGCAGAAUAUUUGUGAAGCAGAACUUAUUAGAUAAUAGUGUUACAUUUUAAAAUGUCUUGUGCCAGUGUUACAUUUUGAAUUACGUAUGCAAAUAUGCAAGUGGUUUUGACAAAGGUUCUGCAUGUUUAAGUUUGCAUUCAGUGUAAAAAAGACCUGGGGUAUUUUGUUUUGCUUCUAAAUGUAUUAUAAGUUUAGACUCACAUGUGAGAGAAUUUAAUGUAUAAACUGUUAAUAUGUCAACAGAAUGUAUCUGUUAGAACUAACAAUUAAAUUUGGAAUUACCAAUAUUUCAUUCAUUCAUUGGACAUAUUCUUCCAUUGA